GUCCUUUCUCAGCGGUCUUCCGGCUUGCAUUUUGAGAGUGAAAAAAAAGAAAAGACGAAUGGAAAAAUUGUAAUCCACAAAACGAGCAUUGCCCAGCAACUCAUCGAUACGAUCAUAAAUAGUUAAAAUGAGCUCCCAGCAAUUCCCCCGACACGGGCUGCCUGCUUCCAGUGGGGGAGCACCUCAGAUCCCAGCACCUGGAAACCUGGUGCCUGUCAAUCAACCGUCAAGCACUUCAGGUGGAGAUGCAGACAGCAGUCGGGAUGGUGACCACGGUCAGCAUGAUCAUCCACCUGCCGGUGGCGGGGGAACCUCAACGUUCAGAGAUGAAAAGCAAGAAACCAUGGUGGUCAGACCAUACCCACAAGUACAGACGCAGCUCGGCCAGCCUCCAGCUGCCACCCAAAACGUGGCCAUUCAGCCCGGCACACCUGCGACCCUACCUACCCCCUCUGUCCAGCUCCCACAGGGCCAGCCUGCAGUGCUUACUGAAAGCCAGAUGAAGGCGGUCUUGAAGUCACCAAUGCCAAGUCGUCUUAUUGCUCCAGCACCAGCUUCCAACCAGGCUCAUAUGCCCAUACCCCCCAAGGUGCCUGGUCACAUAACAGUCACCAUCGAGAGCAGCAUCGCUACCACCCCGUCUAUCCCUGUGGCAACCAUCAGUGGUCAGCAGGGUCACUCAAGCAACGUGCACCUGAUGCCGAACUUUCAGAUCAUCAGGACCCCUGCUGCAGUUUCUCAGCAGUCCUUCCCACCACACUUGCCUCGAGGGGCUGCUGCAGCAGCUGUUAUGUCCAGCUCCAAAACUGUCUUGCGGCCAGCCACUGGAGCGAGUGCGGGCACCGCCCAGCCUACAGUGCCGCACAUCAUUCACCAGAUUCAGUCCCGAUCUCCUGCAACAACCUCUACAGCUGUCCUCCCAACCGUGGUGGCUCCCAUCUCAGUGACUAGAACUCAAUCUCCAGUUAUCAGCCAGACAGUCUCACACUCUCCAGAGGUGAUACAUGGGCGUCCAGCAAUGACCAUUCACCCCCCUCCACCCGCUGUCAGCAUCCAGAGGCCUCAGGGGACCCGUGACACAGCCACACGGAUCACUUUGCCAUCACACCCUGCAGUCGGAGCUCAGAAGCCCCAGCCUCCGCACACAAUGACACAGAAAUCCAUAUUCAGUAAUGUGACACCAGUAGCUGCAGCAACUGUGGCACCAAUAGUUGCCACGAACACUGUGCCAUCAACAACCACAAUAGGCGCUGUGACACACACCCAAAUGACGAGUAGCACAAUUGUCACCAUGACAAUGGCCUCACACUCUUCUCAUGCUACAGCAGUGACCACCUCCACCAUCCCUGUUGCUAAAGUGGUCCCUCAGCCUAUUGCCCAUUCUUCACCCCGUGUUCAGCCUGACUACCCAGGAGAGAGAGCCAACCUCAUCCCCAUCCCAGGCCACAGGUCUUCUCCCAACCCUGUCACCAUGGAAGCCCGCAGCGACAAUAGACCUUCUGUACCAGUGCAGUUCCAGUAUUUCCUGCCUGCCUACUCUUCGUCAUACCCUCUGACACAUACCUACACCCCUAUUAGCAGCUCUGUGUCCACCAUCCGCCAGUACCCCGUUACUCCUCAAGCUCCGAGUUCAGCGUUGCCAGCUCAAGCUGGAGUGGGCGUGGCGACCACUGUGCACCUGAACCACAUGCAGCUGAUGGCAGUGGACCGCAUCGGUCUGCCGUCUGCACAGAUCAGCACCCAGGGGAUCCAGCAAGCACCGAUCGCAGCGCAGGGCAUUCAGCCUGCAUCGAUAGGCGUUCAGGGUUUGCACACGUCUGCGUCAAUCACCACACAGGGAAUACAGCAGGCGCCGGUCACUCAACAGCAGCAGCAACCGCAGUCUGAAGCAAAGCCUGGGGUUGUUUUGGCUGAUGGCUUUGUAGCAAGCCCCAUUAGCAGCACCUUCAGCACGACCCAGCCGGUAGCCACCAUGGUGCAGGCGCACACCCAGGGGGGAGGAGUGGGAGGAGCUCCCACGCUGGUCUCCUCCCCAAGACCCAGUAUUCUCCGUAAGAAGCCCGCCAAUGAAACGUGUGUUCGUAAGAACCUGAUCCCCACCCAGACUGAAGCCAGUACUGGGAGAAUUGACAGCGGCGUGAGAGGAGCGGGAUCGCCUCGGCCCGCUGGAGUGAAGCCCAAAGCUGAGGUGCACAUGGCAGUGGCCCCUCCUGUCAUGGCUACAGUAGAAGCAUUGCCUUCUCAGGGGGGAGAGCAGCAGGCGGUGUCCUCGAACACCCAGCACCUCGCUCAAGCCAUCCCCACCAUGCUGGCUACACCCGGCCCCGUGCCUCCCUCACAGCCCUCCACUGUCCUGUCCUCCUUGCCGGCUGCCAUGGCUGUGACUCCCCCUGUCCCGGCCUCGAUGGCCAACACUGUGGCUUCCCCCACCCAGCCGGCUGCCAGCAGCACUCCAGCAUGUGCCACGAGCUCCGUCUGCCCAGAUGUGAAAAUCAAGCAGGAAGUGGAGGCGAUGGACACCUCUCAGCCAGAUCCCAACACGAAUAUGUCAGCGGCCCCAGCCCUCACCACACAGACGUCCACCCUGAGCACCCCAGCCACAGGCGAUCUGAUCCCUGGAGCCUCCCCGAGAAAGAAGCCCCGCAAGCAGCAGCAUGUCAUUUCCACAGAGGAGAGCGAGAUGGUCGAGACUAACAGCACGGAUGAGGAGAAGACCCCAGGCAGGCCCAUCACCGGCAGGGCCGAGAGGCGGGAAUCUCCACCGAGGGAGUAUGUUGAUGAAGAAGGAGUGCGCUACGUGCCGGUGAAGCCUCGCCCACCUAUUACACUUUUGCGGCACUAUCGUAACCCCUGGAAAGCUGCUUAUCACCAUUUCCAGAGGUACAGCGACAUCCGGGUAAAAGAAGAGAAGAAGGGCUCCUUGCAGGAUAUGGCCAAUCAGAGAGGAGUGGCAUGCAGAGCACAAGGUUGGAAGAUUCACCUGUGUGCGGCACAGCUCAGGCAGCUGUCGAGUUUGGAGCAUGAUGUAUACAGCCGCCUCUCCACCCUUCAAGAGGGUCUGAUUCCAAAGAAGAGGGCCGGCGCAGAUGAUGACCUUCACCGAAUUAACGAACUAAUACAGGGUAACAUGCAGCGCUGUAAACUGGUGAUGGACCAGGUGACCGAGGCCAGAGACACCAUGAUGAAAGUGCUCGACCACAAGGAGAAGGUCCUGAAGCUGCUCAACAAGAACGGCACAGUCAAGAAGUCCUCCAAACUGAAGCGCAAAGAACGGGCGUAAGAGCGACCUCCCCAUCUGCCAAGAAACCGCUGCCGUUCCCCCGGUCUCUCUCUCCGUGUAGGGGUGAAGGAGCUGCUCAGAGUUUUGGUGCUAUGAUUUGCUGCAUACAAUCACACGCACCCUCCAUAUCUGUGGGCACAGAGAAGAGCAACAGGACGGCUUCGAGGAACAGGAACUGGUUCUCGUUCAAAACACAGGAACAUUGUAGGUUGUUAGAGUGGCCACUUGAUGGCCAAUGUGUUUUGUUUUGCCCCCUUCCCCUUUUAAUGUAUGGACCCCCCCCCAAGAUCCUUUUUACUAACUUAGUUUCUGCCUCUUGUAAGACUUUUGGCACAUUGUGUAUCUGUGAUAUUCGGCUCUAAAAAAAGGUGCAAGGUGAGUUAUCCAACGGAGCCGGUCAGAAUCAUUCAAAAGGACUCCUUUAGCAAACUGUAAACGGACUAAUCUCAGUCGUGCUCUUUUCAUCAGUCUGUGCCUUCAUUUUGUCAGUGUACAUGAGAUGGACCGGGCCGAGCUGCUCCACACGCUCUCCAGAUGCUGUUAAAAUGUCAUUUAAAGAAGUUUCAGGUCACUUCUACUGCUUCCUUUUUUAAAAAAAAAAAUCCAGCAGGUUCAUUUGUUUAAACAGAAAACAAAAAAAGAUCUUUUAUCAGCCACAAUUUAGGUGUAAUCCAAAAAUCUGGAUAUGAGAAAAUAUUUCAAACUGCCAUCAAAUCUUCACUUAAUCUGGAAUAAAGAGAGCGGCUGUGCUCGUGUGAACAGCGGACUGAAUUCAUGUAAAUCACUGUAAAUGUGCUUCUGUUUUUCCAUCGACCUCGUUCUUUUCCAGUUUUGUACUCGAUGAAACGUUUUGUGUGCUGUGUGACGUGCCGCUUUGUGCUGCAGAGUGUAACGAAUACGAGCUGAAGUGAGCCUGAAACAUCCAGACGUUGUACAUUGUUUUUGUCUGUGUAAUUAUAGUAAAGAUACU